CCGCGCCUCUCGGCGCGCGCUCAAAUGCGCACUGAAAUAGCGGAGUGCGCGCUCUCCCAAACAUCACUAAGAUUGCAGCGGAGAUGCUUGGAUGUUGCAUUCUAUCAUACAACACAAAUAAAUCAGACUACCUUCCACGUACCGACGCCUUAAUGACUGUUUGAUACUUUUAAAAUAUGAUAUCCAUGGAAACGCUCAAGUGACUUUGGCAAACCCGGUAUCCUUUGGAAGUUUUAAAUCAUCAAUAGCUACUCGUUGGACACGCCACAAAAAACUCGACAUGAAUGUUUCACACGGACUACUGAACCGGACGAUCUCUACAGCGAAGCAUCCUUUGGAAAACGUCCGAGGAUGCUGCAACUUCUCGGUGAUCACCACCAGCGACGGGUUGGGUUCACCGAUUCAGGACGAGCGCGAUCAGUUCAUCAUGCGUUUGGUGCAGAUAGCAGUUCUCUGUGUGCUGUCACUGACUGUCAUUUUCGGCAUCUUUUUCCUAGGGUGCAAUCUACUCAUCAAGUCCGAGAGUAUGAUCAACCUGCUGGUGGAGGACAGAAGACCUUCCAAAGACGCGGAAAUUAUUAUGAUUGCUGCAUGAGUGGAAUAGACUGUGUCGUGAAUCACCACUUAACUGGCACAAACUGGUCAUCUUUAAUGAAAGACACCUGUUGGUAUGAUUUCCGUGCCAGUGCUGAACUAAAUGGAUUUUUUUUUAUAAAGGCCAUUUCAUCUUGGAUCAGAACCUUUGACAUUGACUUUUUUUUUGGUCAAACAUGUGUUGUGUUAAAUUUUUGUCUAGAUAUUCAUUCAAAACACAUCACCUGAAACAACAAGACCAGACAAAGAUAACCAAAUCCAUUAAUCCGGGCAUGACAAUUUCAAUGUUUUGUAUCUGAAUUAUGUGACUCAUAAUUUGCAUAUAUUGAUUCAAUAGAAAUAAUUUGAUAUUUUUGAAUGGGUUAAAAAAAGAUCAUUGUGUGAACUUGCAUGGGGAAAAAAUGGAUUGAGAUGAAAUUAAACACGAAUUUCAUUCUGCAUUCUAAAACAUUA